ACGAAGGGAGAGUCGGGUUUUUCUCUGCGUUACACAGGAAGUUGUUUCGAUUUGCCGUAUUCUGAAAAAGGAGUAAUUUUGGCAGUAUAGACGGCAUUUUUUCUCCUGAAACAUUUCGUGUUUUUUAAGUCCCAGAUAUACUUGAACUGGGUUUAUUCACAACGUAUUACUGUAUUCACUAGAAGAAUUUAUUCAAUAAAGUCAACAUGCUGAUUAAAGUUAAGACUCUCACAGGCAAGGAAAUUGAGAUUGAUAUAGAGCCCACAGACAAGGUGGAAAGGAUUAAAGAGAGAGUAGAAGAGAAAGAAGGGAUUCCACCUCAGCAACAGAGGCUCAUCUACAGCGGAAAGCAAAUGAACGACGAGAAGACUGCUGCCGACUAUAAGAUCCAGGGUGGCUCCGUGCUACAUCUUGUCCUGGCACUUCGAGGAGGGGUCCGCUGCUGUUGUAUCCUCAGCCUCUGUCCCAUGUAGGUCACCCCAGGACAGUCAGCUUUAUCAGCAUUGGGAUGCACAUCUCCCCCCCAGUGUUUUUUUUUUUGUCGUAGACUUAUUGUUCCACAUCCUUAAAACAAUGGAUUAUCCAUAAAACAUUUGUAGGAUAUGUAAUAAGACAUUAGCAACCCUUACUUUGACUUUAUGUUUGCGCAAAAACAAAAUUGUAUGUUUGUGUAUUACCCAGGUCAACUUGACCAUUGAAUGCUAUAAUAAAAAGUUAAUUGUC